ACAGUUCGUUGGUACAGCACAGCCAGCUGAUUGACGUCAAUACCAGCAUUUAUAAAUUUGUUAAACAAUGAGUUGGUCAGCAUAAGCUCCAAAGUGUUGUAGCAAUACAGAAUGAGUUUAAAUAUCCAAAAAAUUCCAGUGUUCGUGUUUCCUAAUUCUUUAAAAUUUUAUUUAAGUACUAAAUCUACACACAAACAAUUGUUGACUCUGUACAAUCCAUAUGACUUCCCAGUGCGAUUUAAAGUGCUUUCUACUUCUCCAAACAAGUAUGCAGUGAUAGAUCCAGAAGGAAGUAUAGGACCUCAAAUGUUAGUUGAUAUUGUGAUUCGACAUACAGCACCUAUCAUAUCUAAUUGUAAUGUUGUGGAUAAAUUCAGGAUAUCUAUGCAGGAUCAUGCUACCAAGCAGCUCCUUGGUAAAAGAGAUAUUGAAGCCAUGCUAAUGCCUGGUGAAAGAGACAACAUUUCCAAUGAUGGUGACUUUCAAAAUUUACCCCAUUCUGACAGAAGUACAACAGAUGAACAAAGAAUCUAUAUGACAAAUAGGACACUGCCAGCGAUAAAUUCGACAAACUACAUUUUGUCGAUAGUGAUAGGAUUAGUUUGUGUGAUAACUAUGCUGUUACCAACUCAAGAAGAAACGCCGAAGCCGUCUAGUAUUCCCGCUCAUUUUCAUAUUAGCGUCAAUUUUAAGUUGGUGUUGGCAUAUGUCUUAGGAUUGGUUACGAUGGUUAUUUUUCGAGCAUAAUAUCAUAUGGUUGCUCUUGGUAUAUAUGGUGUUGUAUAUAAGGUGUUUUUAAUAUGAAUGAUGCAACAUGUGUUCAAGUGGUGUGUUUUUUACUGUAAAUAAAUAAUGGUUUAUUUUUUGUUAUUCAGUUUAAAUCAUUUUAUAAUAAAACGUAAAAUCUC